GUUUUUUACCCACCCCCACCAUGCCUUCCGCCGAGUCGAAACCCAGGACCCUGUACGACAAGGUGUUCCAGGACCACAUCGUCAAUGAGCAAGAUGAUGGAACUUGCCUGAUCUACAUUGACCGACACCUCGUUCACGAGGUUACAUCCCCACAGGCUUUCGAGGGCCUCAAAAACGCUAGCCGCAAGGUCCGCCGGCCGGAUUGCACUCUGGUUACAGUUGAUCACAACAUUCCUACCUCUUCACGGAAAAGUUUUAAAAAUGCCGCGGACUUCAUCAAGGAGAAUGAUUCGCGUCUCCAAUGCACAACCCUGGAGGAGAACGUGAAGGAUUUCGGCCUCACCUACUUCGGUAUGGGCGACAAGCGCCAGGGUAUUGUCCACAUUAUUGGCCCGGAGCAGGGUUUCACUCUGCCCGGCACGACUGUUGUCUGCGGUGACAGCCACACCUCCACACACGGUGCUUUCGGUGCCCUCGCGUUCGGUAUCGGAACCAGUGAAGUCGAGCACGUCCUCGCAACCCAGACCCUUAUUACCCGCCGCAGCAAGAACAUGCGCAUCCAGGUUGAUGGUGAGCUGCCCGCUGGUGUCACCAGUAAGGACGUCGUUCUCCACAUCAUCGGUGUCAUUGGUACUGCUGGUGGUAACGGUGCCGUUAUUGAGUUCUGCGGAUCCGUCAUCCGUGGACUGAGCAUGGAGGCACGUAUGUCAAUGUGUAACAUGUCCAUUGAGGGUGGUGCCCGUGCCGGUAUGAUCGCACCCGACGAGAUCACUUUCGAAUACCUCAAGGGUCGUCCUCUGGCCCCCAAGUACGGCAGUGCAGAGUGGAACAAGGCCACCAGCUACUGGUCCAGUCUGAAGUCGGAUGCUGGAGCCAAGUACGAUAGCGAGGUCUUCAUUGACGGCAAGGAUAUUAUCCCCACCAUCUCAUGGGGUACCUCCCCCCAGGACGUGAUCCCAAUCACUGGUGUUGUCCCCGGCCCCGAUGACUUCGAGGAUGAGAACCGCAAGACCUCUUGCAUCCGUGCUCUCGAAUACAUGGGCCUUGUCCCUGGUACACCCAUGAAGGAUGUUGUGGUUGACAAGGUCUUCAUCGGAUCUUGCACCAACGCCCGUAUUGAGGAUCUGCGUGCCGCAGCCAAGGUCGUCAAGGGCCGUAAAAUUGCCUCCAACAUCAAGCGUGCUAUGAUCGUCCCUGGAUCCGGUCUCGUCAAGGAGCAGGCUGAGUCCGAGGGCCUCGACAAGAUCUUCACUGAUUCCGGUUUCGAAUGGCGUGAGGCUGGGUGCUCUAUGUGCCUGGGUAUGAACCCAGAUAUCCUCUCCCCCAAGGAGCGCUGUGCCAGUACCUCCAACCGUAACUUCGAGGGUCGCCAGGGUGCUCAGGGUCGUACUCAUCUCAUGUCUCCCGCCAUGGCUGCCACUGCUGCCAUUGUUGGCAAGCUGGCCGAUGUUCGUGAGCACGUCGUUGCCAGUCCCGUUCUCGGCAAGGCCUCCCCCAAGAUCGACGUCCAGCCCGUCUUCGAAUCCCCCGCGACCGAGGACGAACUCGACCGUGUCCUGGACUACCCUGCCGACAACGAGCCCCACGCCAACUCCUCAGCCCCUCGGUCUUCCCCCUUCACUACCCUGAAGGGUAUCGCCGCGCCUCUGGAUCGCGCUAACGUCGACACCGACGCCAUCAUCCCCAAGCAAUUCCUCAAGACCAUCAAGCGCACUGGUCUCGGUACCGCGCUGUUCUACGAGCUCCGUUACACCGAUGACAAGGAGAAUCCCGAUUUCGUCCUGAACCAGGGCAUUUACCGUGACUCCAAGAUCCUGGUUGUUACCGGUCCUAACUUCGGAUGCGGUAGCUCCCGCGAGCACGCCCCCUGGGCUCUGCUCGACUUCGGUAUCAAGUGCAUCAUCGCCCCCUCCUUCGCCGAUAUCUUCUUCAACAACACCUUCAAGAACGGCAUGCUGCCCGUCGUCGUCUCCGAUGAGGUUGCUCUGCAGAAGAUCGCCGAUGAGGCCCGCGCCGGCCGUGAGGUUGAAGUCGACCUUGUCAACCAGGAGAUCAAGGAUGCCCAGGGUAACAAGAUCACUGCCUUCGAGGUCGAGGAAUUCCGCAAGCACUGCCUUGUCAACGGCCUGGAUGAUAUUGGUCUCACUCUCCAGAUGGAGUCUAAGAUCCGCACUUUCGAGUCCAAGCGUACCCUUGAUACCCCCCUGGUUGGAUGGCAGUGCCUACCUCCGUCGUGA